AAGAAAACAAGCUAGACACCCUGCAAGACAACAAAGGAGAGAGAGAGGCUCCUGUUUGCAACCGAGAGCUGUCGAUCAGAAAACCAAGUGUGCAAAAGAUCUGACAGCUGAGAAGGCGGGUGGAUGUCAGCGGCAAACAGUGGAAGGCUUCUCAACUUGGAAGACGCGGAAAGAAGAGCGGAGAAAAAAACGUCGACGCGAACGCCAGAAGCAGCUCCGGGAAGAGAGAAGCUCUGAAGCCUCGGCAGAACGCAGCCAGCUCCUACCUUCAGCUGCCCUGAUCCGUUGCGGCUUUUUCCACCUAAAGACCCCGCUCUUCCUCUAUUUCCCCCGUUCCCUGUGUCUCCACGCUCCCCGGAAGAUUCCACUUUCAGCAUUCAAACUUUUUUCUUUUGGUAAUUUGAGCGGAUCCCCCCCCCCCCCGCUUAAGUUAGGCAGAUAACCAGUCGCUCUGCUGUCUAUCCCACGCCCCCUCCCUUUCUGCGGUUUCCCUUUUGCCCAUCAGAGGACGGAAGACUGAGAAGUAGAGAGAGGCAGCGAUGCUUCAAGAGGAUUAACUAUCGCCGCCGAAACUUCGGAAGAAAGCCUUUGGAUCCAACUCAGUCUCGUUCUCACUCUCUCGAGUUGAAUGACUGGCGAUGUGCAGCAAAGCGCUUCUCGCCCUGCUGGUUUACGGGCUGAUUAUGCACUGCAGCGUCUAUUGCUCACCUGCUGCUGCCGCCGCUGCUGCUGGACUUCAGUACCCCGCGCUGAGUAGGCUGCAAGAUGAAAUGUAUGAUGAAGAGGGCAACACUCUUUCGGACUAUGCCUUUGACAGCGAACCCCUCAGUAUAGCCGACCCUUCCUCCAUGCUGGACGACGUGUACACUUUGUAUUACCCGCCGGAAAAAAGGCAUGCCGAUGGGAUAUUUAAUAAAGCCUAUAGAAAAGUGCUGGGCCAGUUAUCUGCAAGGAAGUAUCUGCAUUCUCUGAUGGCCAAGAGGGUGGGCGGGACCAGCAGCCUGGAGGACGACUCGGAGCCACUUUCAAAAAGGCACUCGGAUGGCAUAUUCACAGACAGCUACAGCCGCUACCGAAAACAAAUGGCUGUCAAGAAAUACUUGGCAGCAGUCCUGGGUAAAAGGUAUAAACAAAGAGUUAAAAACAAAGGACGGCGAGUAGCUUAUUUGUAGCAAUGAGCUCCCAACCACUCCUGUGUAUACAAGAGCCCCCUGGGGAAAAAUGUCUGAGAGAGGACCCCCCCUCCCCCAAAGUCAUUUCCAAACUGACUGAUCAAUCACCACUCUCCUAUGUUAUCCAAACAUGUAUUUAUGUAUGAAGUAAAGCCAUUAAAUGACUAUUUUGAUAAUAAUAUUGUUUUUCUUUUGUACAAAAAUAUUAAAUUAAGAGUAAGCACUAGAGAAACGCACAGAUCUACUUUGUGGACCAACCCUUAAAUAAAUAGAUAUAAAAUAAUCAAUAAAAGCAUAAAUAUUAGGAUGAGAAAGCAUCAGUGAUAGAGCUUUCCCCAACCAGAUCCCCUUUAGAUGUGCUGGAUUACAAUUCCUAUCAUCCCCAGCCAUCUACCUUCCUAUUUGAAGGUAGUGAUUUGGGUGAAAGUCUGGAUCAGUGAAUAGACUGGACUAAUGGUCCUUUAGUGGUUAGCAUUGCACAAGAGAAUGAGGGCAUUCCUCUAAGCUGUUUUAUGUUUUUUAUAUAAAAUAGGAGAGAGAGAGAGAAAGAGGGAGACAAUCAUUCAUUUGAAUGAUUCCUAUUUUUGUAAUGGAAAAUAAAGGAAAGUAUUUUUAUUCAUGACAGGGUUGAAGGAGUAACUAUUCUCCAUUUGCUAUUGUACACUGACAAAAACACCCUAUUCCAAGGGGAUUAUGAUGCUCUUGAGCAGAGAGCAUCUCUGGCCCCGGUAAGUCUCUUCCCAGGCUCCUUUAAAAAGGACCUCCGCCGUUCCCCCCUCCCCCUGCCGCCGUCUCCCCAUCUCAGGCUAGAGAAGGCGUCGCUCUCCUUCCCUGACCUCUUCCUACGAAUCGGUCUGCCCCCACCGUUCUCCCCCCCCCCGCACGAAGAGUGGGCUUACUCAGGGCUGCGCAAUGUGCAGCACGAACCCGCCUGCUGCCCUCUAGUCUUUCUUUGACCCUCCCACUCAGUAGAUCCUCCCGCUCCUUCGAAACUAUAGGCGAACUAGACAUUCCGGUGUGCUUAAAGAUUUAGGACUCAGUACAGUACUGCAGCUGCUCCCGUUCAGUCAGUAAGAGAAAAUGCCCCCGCGCGCAUUUCCGGGGAAGUAUAGGGUGGGGGAAGCCCUUCCCCCGAACCGUACAGCACGGGUUGGUUUGUAAGUGUGUCUGCACACACCCAUUCUAUUUUCUUUUCUAGAAACAGCGAUCGAAGUCAGAAAGCUUCCCUUAAGGGACGGAAUAAGUACCUCUUCCUCAGUUCUUCUGAGUUUGGGUUGACGCAAUCCAGACUCCGAGUUAAACACAACCCCCCCUCCCCCAAAUUGGUUCCCUCACUGCCGCGCAAUGGGGCGGUAGAGUGGACGGUACCACUUCAGGUAGGGCUGGGAGGGGCAGAAAGAAAAGCUCUGCCACUAGAAAACCAGUUCAUCAGGGAGAUGGAAUCCAGACGAGACUGUCCGCCUUGCUAGACUCGUUUUCUAGUGACGCACGAAAUAAUCCGAGAGGGCACCCCAAAAUUCGCACCUGCGAUCUGACGUGGUAUCUCCCACGCCGGUUCGAGCCCCGCCCCAGAGAUCGAGGGCCACCGCGCGCUACAAAGGAUCCCGUGCACCUCUCCAGUGCUGCCCAGGCGCCCCCGCAUCUUGUUCUAUUGGCCGGCCUUUUCUCUUUGGAAUCGCCCGCUCCGGGCCUGGCCGGGGGGAGCCACGUUUUCCGCCUUCGGUGUUCCCCGUAGAUUUUACGCAUCUCUUCCCUCUUGGCCUCUCUCGCAAUGUUGUGUUUUCCAUCCGGGUCAUUUCAGUUUGUUUUGGCUUGAAAACAACAACGAACAAAUUAUAUUGUGAACGCCACAGGCAUUUUUGAGUUUUGUUAUGACGCGAGCUCUAACUGUAAGACCGUUUCAGGCCCCCUUCCCUGUUGUAGCGACUAUAUAUCUAUACUACUAAAUACGCACUAUUACGAAGAAGGUUCUUUUAAAUAUAUAUAUUUUAAUUCUUUUGGUUCCUUGUUGAUUUAUUGAGUUUGGAGGUUUAAAAUGUAUUUUUCUACAUCAUGGCUUUAACCGCUUAGUAAAAUUUAUUUCAUACAAUCAACUUUUGUCAUAUUAGAAUGUGUAGUGUCCAUCUGCGCUUCAGUUUCUGAUACGUAUCAAUCAUCUUUCUGUAUGGACGGGGAUUUGGAACUGUGAUGGGGAGAUGGGCGAAGGGUGGGGGCGGAAUGGAGGCUAUUCAAAUGGACCUGGAAGGUACUUAUUCUCUCCCCCCACUCCAGGGCAUGAACAGCUAAAUUUAUCCCCCGAUUCAGUUGACAGAAUUUGGAUUUAAUCCGAUAAAGGUCCGCUGCGAUCAAAAAGCUUAAAGCUGCUCUCUCAAACUCUAUUGGAACCAGGCUAACCCCCUCUUCAUUCGCCUAUCUAGACCUAUGGCGGGCCUGCGCACAACGCCACUCACAGGUAUGAAUGAACCGAAGUCAUCCAAACGACUAGGAAAACAAGCAGUAAAACCAAUCGUUUUGUUUCCACUUAAAUCAAGGGCGCUUGGCUUUUUAAAUAACAGCGCGAUCUUCAGCAUAAACAAGAAGUUUGCGGCACCUUCAGCACCAACGACGGCAUUCGUUAGUAUUUAAGGUGUCGCAAGACCUUUGCUGGUUUCAAAUGACAGAUUAACAUGGCCUUCCCUCUGGAAAACCUUCAUACUUUCCCAGGAGAAUUUCCUAUUCAUUUCAAAGGGAAAGAUUUCCGAUUUAAAAGAAUUCUUCAAAUUAUUCCCUUUAAGUUGGGUAUUCACCUUGGUGUAUUGGUGUUAAACCACUUCUGUAAGAUUGCUUUGGAUUGAUUGAAUUGUGGCUUAGGGCCGUCAGAACGGAUAGAAAU